CACUAGCCUAUACUACAUUUACGUCCUUCAAGUUUGUGCUCUGAACUAAAGCCUCAUAGUGUUUCCAUCUCGCGGAUAAUCAGCCAAGACAUGUUCGAGGCUCAAACAGCCACAUUACUAGCUCCAAGCCUCCUGAAGUUUCGACAUCGUCAUUUUUAUAUAUAUGACGGUACUCACAUUUUCCUAGUCGAAAACACAUUAUUCAAAGUCCAUGCGACUCAGUUAUCACGCACGUCAAUCACAUUCGAGGAGAUGUUUGCUGUCGGGGGGCAAUCACGACCAAUAGAGGGCACGGAUGGCUCGAGCGACGAUCACCCAAUUAUAAUUCCUGAACUCAGCACGAACAUGUUCGAGCUCUACCUUUCAGUUGCAUACGGCAGUUGGAAACCGGAAGGUCCUACCCAUGAUGAUUUCUUUGUUCCCGCGUUUCAACGUCUCAUUGAAUUUCGCAUCCGAGAUAUUCCAGGACCAAUGCGAAAGAAGCUCGGGUUUGAAGUGUGGAAUGCCUUUGUAGAUCUAAAAGAGCUUCUUGAUGAACACCGUCGCAUUGUUGCCUGCGAGGAGCCACCCCUUAUCGAGCACGCUGCAUGCUGCACUGACAACACUGCAUGUUCCAUCGACUGGCGGCAACUCUGGUGGAACUCAAUGGCCCGUUUUCUUCUUGAUGGUCGCAACCCGCAAGUCUUCCGUGAGGCCGUCGAUCGUUUCCAGGAGCUUGGUUCUGAAAUCGGGAGGAUGAACCCGGAGUGUUGGAAAACGCUACUUCAAACAGUGAAGAAAGGAACAGCAUUUCAUCUUGCUUAUGAUCUCAUUGAGGAGACGGCUCAGCAGCUGUCGGCAGCUCUGAUCACGGAGCCUGACCAAAUGCUGACACGCGCAGAAUUAGAUGCUUUCUCAUCAAAUUAGUAGUCUCGUCGUGGAUAAAUUUAUAGAUGAUUACAUAGGCUGUAUAGCCCUGUACUACCUAAGUACUAUGUGCAUCCGAGUCAUGCUGUCUUCAAAUGUUGUAUGCAUGUGAAUGCGUGGCUGUGUAUAUGUGUCGUGUGUCUGUAUGUGUAUUUUAUGUGUGGGGAAUAGUUGAACGAAUCCAGCGCCAUAGA